UCAGUACGGACGCUGGACUGAGACGAUACGGUUCGGGACUUUACUGUGCUCUGGUUUCGGUCUGGUCUGUAUGUAGACCUCUGUCAGCUGACCGGUUUACAGCUCGAUCGGUGUCCCAGGUUGAGCUGUCGUGAUGGCGGACCACAAUGAUGUCAGUCUGCAGCCGGAGGAGCGAGUCCGUGCGCUGACCAAGAAGGGAAGCACGGUGGAGGUUAAUGACGACGUGCCUCCACGCCGCUACUUCCGCUCAGGCAUGGAGAUGAUCCGCAUGGCGAACAUCUACACAGACGAGGGUAACAUCGAGCACGCCUUCGUCCUUUACAAUAAAUACAUCACGCUCUUUAUAGAAAAACUUCCCAAGCAUCGGGAUUACAAGACCGCUAACAUCCCUGAGAAGAAGGACACACUAAAGAAACUGAAGGAUGUUGCGUUUCCUCAAGCAGAGAUUCUGAAAAAAGCUCUUUUGAGGAGAUUUGAACAAGAAUAUGCACAAUAUGUUGUGAAAAAGAAAGCGGAGGACGCUGCCUUGGCGCAGGAGCAGUCCAAGCAGCGAGCGUUGGACGCCGAGAGGGAGCGCGUGGCCGAGAUGCAGCGGCGGCAGCGGGAGCAGGAGCAGUUCAGUGCCUUCGAGGAGAUGAUCCGCCGCCAGGAGCUGGAGAAGGAACGCCAGCGCGUUCUCCUCGAGUUCGCCACGCCCGCAAUGCCUUCCCCCGACAUGCCCCUCAUUCCAGGCAUCCAGGGCCCCCCGCUGGUCUCCCCCACCCCUCCACACAGCCCGGGGGACCUGUCCAGUGGCACCAACAACCAAUACAAUCACCCUCCCACAUCCAUCGGCACACCUGCCACCGCCCCACCCAGCUUCGACCGGUCGCUCAAGCCCGGCUCUCUGGUCAGCCCAGGGAACAACAAUACAAUGGUGGAUGCCCUUCGGCAGUUGGCCGUUCCCGCUGAGCUGUGCCGGAGCUUUCUGAGGUUGGCCGAGUCCAACACAAGCCGAGCUGUGGAGACUUGUGGCAUCCUGUGUGGCAAACUGACCAGAAAUGCGUUCACCGUGACCCACGUCAUCGUACCAAAGCAGAGUGGCGGACCAGACUAUUGUGACACGGAAAAUGAGGAGGAACUCUUCCUCAUACAGGACCAGUUUGAUCUCAUCACCCUGGGCUGGAUACAUACUCACCCCACACAGACCGCCUUCCUGUCCAGCGUCGACCUCCACACACACUGCUCCUACCAGAUGAUGCUGCCGGAGGCCAUUGCCAUCGUCUGCUCGCCUAAGUUCAAUGAAAUCGGCUACUUCAGGUUGACGGACCGAGGAACAGACGAGAUCUCCACAUGUAAACAGAAAGGCUUUCACCCUCACAGCAAAGACCCCCCUCUAUUUACACACGCGGGACACAUCACCAUCACCAAUGACACUGUGUCCAUGAUGGAUUUGCGGUGAUUUAUUUCUUUUUCACCAGAACACUCACAGACUGUUUUAUCAAACUGGACAAAACACUCAUUUUAUUUUCAGGACGGUACUGAGCAAACGCCGGCCACGAGUUUACCGUUUAUAUGGACUUGAGUUGUUCUCAAAGGGAACAACGUUGUGAACUUUUUUUUUUUUUUUUUUUUGCUCUGUAAGAAAAAUUCUACAUAUUACUGCACUUUUCAAGCAAAUUGACUUCUAUCCACUUAACGGACUGGCAAACAUCUGGCUCUUCAACCCUGUUGUUUUUUGUGAAUAUGUGCUAUACUUCCUUCCUGUUCAACUUCUGUUUUUGUCAUUGAUUAAAAAAAAAUGUAUGUUUGUCAGUAACCGCUAAGUGUGUGGCUGGAAACCCAGCCUUUGUUUCAUAAAUGUCAAAAGUUUGGUUCUGCCUGACAGAUAAAGUGCCAAGGAUGAGAACAUUCACCUGUUGUUGAGUUGUUCAUUGUGCAACAUGAAGUUAAGUGUGAAGUACGUCUUUGUUGUUUGACUUGGUGUGUUUCCUUCAUAAGCUGUUGAUGUGCUACGAGUGGAGAGAGAAAUGAAAACCAGUUGUAACUCAGGUAUGCAGGCAGUGUUGCUGUUGCUGCUCUGUAUUAUAUUUUUCUAUACAAACACCAUCACUCCACAGUAUCCUUUAUCUUUACUGGGUUUGGAUUGAAGUUUAGAAGUUUAAUUCUGCUUAUGAUGGAUCCACCACCUACACGUUUUUUAAUUUUCUUAUUCUUUGUUUUUGAGGGAAGGGGGGGGGGUACCUGUAAUAUUUGUCCCUCCUUCAGAGGACAUGUGUGCAACAGGCAAACUGAAUGUACCUUCUGCUACACAUUACUACAGAUUACUAACCACCUGGACAUGGUCAUGCCUCUAACCGUAUUUUGUUUGCUCGCUUCUCUUGUUAGAAGAAGUAAAUGAUUAGCCAUAAUUGUGAGAAUACCCUGAAUGAAUCAAAUGCCAAGAGAAAAUAAAUGUA